AUGGGCUUGUUUCGGAACUGGAUAGACGGUUUCAAGCGGGCUGAGCCUUUUGGCAGCACUCCGUCAGAGACAUUGCCUGAUGGAGAUGUGGAAAAGGACCCUGACUCGAAAGAUGUGGUUGCCAGGGAUGUUUUGACCAACAGCGUGGCCUUCAAGGACGAGCAAGGUCAUGUUCAUGUGCUGGAAGAAGACCAAGUCUUGAAGCGAAAACUUCACAGUCGUCACAUUCAGUUCAUUGCUCUUGGUGGUAGUAUCGGUUCGGGUCUGUUUAUUGGUUCUGGUCUUACUUUGGCCCAUGGUGGUCCGGGUUCGGUCAUGGUUGCGUACAUUAUUAUCUCCGUUAUGGUUAUUUGCACUGUAUUGUCGCUUGGUGAACUGGCUGCUGCCUUGCCUGUUCAAGGCUCGUUUGCCACAUAUGCUGUCCGAUUCAUUGACCCGUCGUGGGGCUUUGCUGUGGGCUACAUUUUCUGGAUCAACUGGCUUGUUGCGUACCCGAACGAUGCCACGGUAUCUACGAUUGUUAUCCGGUUCUGGGAUCGAGAUGAAGUGGUGCCCCGUGGUGUGUGGGUGGCCAUCUACAUGAUUAUCAUGAUUUUCAUUAAUAUAUUUGGUGUUCGUGGCUAUGGUGAAUUUGAGUUUGUGGCUACCUUGAUCAAGGUCCUUGGCUGCAUUGGCUUCAUCAUCUGUGCCAUUGUAAUUGAUUGUGGUGGUACACCAGCUGGACAGUACCUUGGUGCUCGUGGCUGGCAUACUCAACCAGCUUUCUUGCAUGGCUUUAAGGGAUUUUGCUCCGUGUUUAUCACGGCAGCCUUUUCGUUCUCGGGUACGGAGCUGGUUGGUUUGGCAGCGGCUGAGACGGAAAACCCACGCAAGUUUUUGCCCAAGGCUUGCAAGCAGGUGAUUGCCCGUGUGAUUAUUUUCUACAUUCUGUGUCUGUUUAUGGUGACUUUGAUUGUACCCGCUACCACACCACAACUCACGGAGCAGUCUGGUAGCCCCAUGGCUUCGCCUUUCGUGAUUGCCAUUGAAAUGGGUCAGAUCUACGCUCUUCCUCAGAUUUUCAAUGCGGUGAUUCUUAUCUCGGCCCUGUCGGUGGGUAAUGCUGCUCUCUACGGUAGCAGCCGUAUGCUUCACACCAUGGCUGAGCAGGGCAAUGCCCCGAAGAUCUUCAAGUUUGUGGACCGCCGUGGUCGCCCUACGCCCGCUCUGGCUGUAUCUAUUCUUUUCGGCUUCAUCUCCUUCCUUGUAUACUACACGGAUGGUGAAACUGUGUUUACUUGGCUCAUGAGUAUUGCGGGUCUCUCGGCUGUGUUUACGUGGGGCACAAUUUGUCUUGCUCACUUCCGCUUCCGCCGUGCUUGGAUCAAGCAGGGCAACACAUUGAGGCAGCUGCCUUGGGCUUCGCCUCUUGGCAUUUACGGAUCGGCUCUUGGAUUUGUUCUAAAUGUGUUGGUUAUCAUUGCCUCAUUUUACGGCAACGCUUGGCCAAUGGAUGAGAGCGAGAUGGACAGUCAAAAGCGCGCAUAUACCUUUUUUGAAAAUAUGCUCUCAUUGCCUAUUUUCUUUAUCCUGUUCCUUGGUCACAAGAUUGUUACCCGUUCCAGGUUUGUACGCUUCUCGGAAAUCGACGUACAAACGGGCCGUCGUGACCCUGUGCCGGAAGAGGUUCUUGAAAAGGAGCGCGCUGAAGCUCGGGCUCGUCCGCUGUGGAAGAGGAUUUUCACAGCGAUCUUUUAA